GUUUCCUCCGUCGCGACCACCACAAUCCAUCUAAUACCCACCACCACCCGCAUUUGUACACUGCCGGCGACCGUCCUUCCUUCAUGACGCGUUUUCCCUGCCCUUUGUCGCGGCGUGCAUGAAUCCCUCCUCAACACCACUUUACUCGCCUUCCCUUCUAAUUGCGCCGCCAGCAUACGAACAUCCUCGACCGGCAACGCUUCAGGAUGGUUUUGUUUAAGAGGAAGCCUGUCCGAUACCUGCCACAUCCUUACAUUGACGACCAAGAGUGCGAUGUCUGGGUCAUUUCAGAGUCCAAUGAAGUAUUCGUCUCCUACGAUGCCUACCUCGAGCGCAUGGACUUUUUCAAGUCAAAGAGAUUCACAUGCGAGGUUACCGGUCGCUCGGGCCUGACCUACUUCGAUGCCUUGAGGAGUGAACUGGCAGGGUCUAAAGAGAUCGAUGAAGCAUUCCCGCAGGCGCUCCGAGAACCUGUACUACGAAGGGUCCAAUUCUCCACCACGUCCCGGAUCGACAACCUGGUGGAGGAAGUUUUCAACGAGUUCAAGAACGAUUUCUAUCCCGGCGAAUUGGUGACAGUCAUCCUCGAUGACUCUUCACGACUUAAUGGGCGUGUGAGAGACAAGGCCAAAUUCGCCGAGAUCAGGGGCAUUGACGGUGGAAUACUUAGGAAUGCGUUUUCCCGGUACUUUGUCAGAUUAAUCGACCGGCCGGACGAGGAGGCUCUGGUUGACGACCAGCAUAUCGUCAGAGACCGCAAGAUAUUCACAAAGCAGAUGCUCCGCUCGUUCAUCAAGAAUGCAGUCACCCGAGAAGGAUGGAUAGGCGCACCUUGGUUGGUCAAGCCCGAGAUUGCUGAACGCUUCCGGAUAGAUACCAAUGUCCCUCCGCACCUCCAGCACAGCACCAAGGUCGCAGCAAAGAAGGCUGAGAAGAGAAAUUCCAAUGUGGAGCAACAAGAUGGUAUGUUUGGUAUCUGGCAGCCCAAUAAGUUCCCCGAGCUGAAACCUGCUCCCAAAGCGCGAAAAGGCCACAGCCAUCAACAUCCCCAUCCUGAGCGUACGCUAGACCCUGCGGCCCAAGCAUACCACAACUUCUAUCACCAGAAUACCCCUUACGUGCCACCUCCCAUGCCUGACCCAGGCCUGUUGCCACGAUCCUGGGGUCACAUGCAACCGCCGCCUCAGCCUCCUUCGGACUAUCCACCUUAUUACGCCAACUAUCUCCCUCCCAACCAGCUGGCACCUAAUGGACAUUACUACCCCCCACCAGUACAACCACCUGCCCCUCAGCCUGUUCCGCUAAAGCAAGAGGUCGUGGUAGAAAUCCCUCCACCUCCUCCCAGUAUUAAAUAUCCCAUCGAGGACCUUGAUGUAGAGCCUGUCCGAGAUGGAACACACCGGCCAGCAUUGAAGUUUGUUACGAAAGAACUGUACUCCGAUGAGACACUGACCAAGGAUGCAAUUCCUGGACUCAAGGGGGAAAACAUUGGACUUUUGCUGGAGACCUGGAAUACGCUGAAUGUGUAUUGCCAGGUCUUGAAACUGGACUCCUUCACUUUCGACGACUUUGUAGACGCGAUGCAGUUCUCCUCGAUGGAGGUGGAUUGCGAGUUAUUCGUGGAGGUGCAUUGUGCGAUCCUCAAACAGCUCGUCAAUUCGGAAGCCGACAACGAAGGGGCCAUCCAAAUAUCUCUCCCAGACUUGCCCGACUCUGAUGAGGAGGAGGAAGAAGAAUCCGAAGAAGAGGAAAGUAAAGCCCCGACGCCAACGCCGGAACCAGAAUAUCCUGCCAAAAGAACUCGAAGUAGCCUUAACAAGGUCAAAUUUGCAGAACCAGAGCCAGAGCCUGUGGAGGAGGAAGUUGAGACUGUUCCACACCGAGCAGCAGAAAUGUUUGGUGAGUACGACUGGAUCAGCAGACUCCGGAAACGCGAUUUCAAAAAUGGAGGAUGGGAACUGGUGAUGGUUGGCCUGUUUCAUCAACUUUCGGGACGACCUCGACUUACAGACCUGUGCAACAAACUCCUCGCACACCUCGCACCUCUCGACGCCGAACCAACCAUCGAGACCGCCCGGAUACAAUACUCAACCAUGGACAUCAACUUGCGAGCGGAAGCAUUGCAAAUAAUUUGCCAGCUGUUCCUGGAAACAAAGACUGUUAAAGAUUUCCUGGAAGAUAUGAGCAACACCAUGACCCAAUACAGAAAGGCCAAGAUUGAGCACCAGCGAGCUCGGAAGGAGGCUUUGGCGAGGUUGAAGGAAUUACAGGUGGAACGAAAACUACUUGCACCAGAGCCUGAAAAAUCACCCAGCCCCGUGCCUGAGCUUGAGGAGGCAAUGGAAGUGGAGCAUGCCGGGGAGGGCGAUGUCUCUAUUCCGGACUCGGAGGACGAAGAGCCCGUUGUGACUCGGUCUCUACGGCGUGGGACUGAUCGAGCUGCGGAGCGAAAGAGAAAGCGUGAAGAAGAACAAGAACGAAAAGAAAAGGCGGCCGAAGCAAAACAGACUAAGGGCAGCAAAGAGUACCAGAAAGUUCUCAAGCAGAUCGAAAAGGAGCGAGAAAAAGUCCAGGCCGCGGAAGACGCCAUCAUCGUCGUUGACAGCGACUUGCGAGAGGCAGAUUGUCCUCGAACGAGGGUGCUGGGUAAGGACCGGUUCUGCAAUAGAUAUUGGUGGUUCGAACGAAAUGCAAUGCCGUACGGCGGUCUCCCAGACAGUUCAACGGCAGAUGCCGGCUACGCCAACGGUCGACUCUGGGUCCAAGGCCCGGAUGACAUGGAGCGAGAAGGCUUCAUCGAAAUUUCCAAACAGGAGCGGGACGGUUACUAUCGACGCUUCCAGAUGACUCCUGCGGAACGCAAGUCCCUGGAAGAAGGCCCGACGAGUUUGGUUAAUGCCAAACAAUGGGGAUUCUACGACACUGCCGAGGAUCUAGACAUGUUGAUUGGUUGGCUUGAAGGCCGGGGCGUGAGGGAGUCAAAACUCCAAAAGGAACUUGCUCUCCAAAGAGACCUCAUCAUCAAACAUAUGGAGAAGCGAGCCGAAUACCUCCUUCCUCGCGAGAAGUCGGAAGAACCACCUGCGCGCAUGUCGACGAGGACCAAAACUUACGUGAGUGACAAGUCACAUCGAUGCCUGAGGUGGAGGAACACCACGGCCGUUGCAGAGCAAGGUUAUCGCCAUGUUGAACCGCCUCCGAAACCACGACCGCGUGGGAAGAAGAACCAGUACGUGGUUGAGGAGAAGAUUACGUCCUCGGCACAAUCGGUCCUGAACAAGCAGGGGAAACCUGUCACUAGACAGGGAACGAGGUACAAUUUUUGAUCAACCUCAUAUGUGUCAGUCUCUGGGUGGUCUCUGAGUGUAUCGAGGGAAGGUUCUCGUCCAAUUUCGUUCUUGCGCAUAUUUUAGGGUGGGAAGAUGACGUUAUGAUAUCAGGAAUGCAUGCCUGGACACUACAAUUUCCACCAAAGGAAAGGCAAAAAUGUAUCCAAGGCUACUCUCACUUAGACAGCGUGGCGUUCGGUAGGGUUGUGGGAAUAUCAAAAAGGAGACCAGUAGAGAGAUCGAGUUGAGUGUUGUCCAUACACAUGGCUCAUGUUUUACUUUUCAUGUUGAAGUCUUUGCCUCUUCGCAAGCGGCACGUAUCAUGAACCACGAGAGUGAGGAGAGAGCGAGAGACAGAGGGAGGUAUUCAAAUGGCUUGUACAGGUUUAGACUAACAGUUUGGCCUUUGGGGUCCCCGUCCGAGUGAGCACAGAGUACUCAUCGCAAGUAAGACAAACAUCUGAAGAAAAUGCCAUUGAACAACCGAGGCAUACUACC